AAACUAUAAAUAUAAUAAAACAAACAAAUAUUAGUAUCAUGCCGCACCUAAUAACUAACCGACGUCGUGAGUAUAAGGGGAUCAAAAUAUAUGGCCAUUCAGUGCCCCUCGAGGGUCUGAAUGCACUAAUGUACCUGAUUGGGGGAGUAGGUUUCCUGAUAGGUUCUGUACUAUUCCUGCCUAUCUAUGACGAUUAUAAGGGCUCCGGGGCCUGGCUGUUUGUAGGCAGUUCAUUCUGCUUCGUAAUGGUGGCGUUGCACGAUAUUCUGGAAGCGAGGAGCAUAUUAGAUAAAGCAUGGCGAGUACUCUGGGUACGACAUGUAUACGAUAAAGAGGAGAAAUCGAAAACAGUGAUUGGAAUUUGGAAAUGGUUGGAAGUAGUUGUAGCAGUGGUUUAUUCCAUUGCCGCAAUCACUUUUGUGGUGGGUAGCUUCUUCUUCGUGCCAGAGUACGAGAAUACAGCAGUAGGUUCAUGGCUGUUUGUGUGGGGAUCUGUACUUUAUGGCUUUGGCGCCUGUAUCAACAUGCUACAGGUUUACCUGAAGAGUUCCGCCGUUCUCAUACAGCUGCUGAUGUUUACCUCUGCACAAUUCUUGAUUGGGUCGGUGUUGUUUCUGGUAGGAAGCGUCGUCUUCUUAUUAGACAUUCAAGAUCCCAGGCCGGUGUAUAUCAUAGAUACCUUUGCAGGGUGGUUGUUCAUUGUAGGUAGCAUCUUAUUCGUUGGUGGUGCGUUGACUAAUGCACUGCGAGCGAAGUACAGCCAUAGACAUGAGAACAAAAUGGGGCCAAAGAAACAAGAAAUCGGGGACGCGGGCAAUAAGAAAACUAUUCCGAGUGGUGGUGUGAUGGGUUCCGUUGCACACAUAGCGUAACCGUGUGUACGACAGCGGUAUCGUCGGGCUGGCCGGGUCGGAUAGUACAAACAGUUCAUUAUCUUGUCCACUAUACCGGAGCAUCACACAGAACACGAAUAUAUAUAUCACAGCACCUGUUGUAGGGCAAUGACAGCAGCUAAUGGUAGUGGCUAUAUGUUCAUGCUAGGUGUGUGAUGUAGCACUAGACUGUACUCUAGCCUACUGCAGCAAUUUUUAUGUCUCGAGGCCCAGUGUUUCAAGUAUAAUCAUUACAGAUUCGACUUUGGGUGCAAUCCAAAAUAGUAAAUAAUUCUCGGAGCAAAGGAUGUUCAACAUGGCUACUAAGCAAAUACGGAAUCGAUAGACAGCUCCGCACAGCAACACCAACACUGCCAGAAGGCAAAGGCUGAGCGCCAUUCAAUAAAAACCAAAAUUAGAUAUGUACCAAGACGGACACUGGUCAGAAGGACCAGAAGUAACCUUGACCUUGAUAUACAGGUAGCCUUCUGAAUCAUCCAGGUCUGCAGUAUUCAGACAAAGCAUGAUCCUUGCUCGUUAGUCGAGACACCCCAUAUGGCAUGUGGCCCAGACUCUCAGGUUCCAAGACUCACAGUGUGCCAUGCAUUGAAGACAAAGGAUAGCAACUGUAUAUAAAUAUGCAAUCAGUGUGUCACGUAACACAAAUAAAUAUAUGAAUGAUUGUUCGUUCGUAAACUUUCUUUGCGUUUUUUUGAAUGUUUAUAAAAGUUUAUGCUAUAAUAUGUUUUGUGUGGAUUUCAGCGGCCUAA